AUGCUCACGGAGACCCGAGCUCACGACAACGGCGCAGCCGCCGGCCCGGGCCCUGGUUCGUCCGGCCCUGGUUCGGGUUUCCAUCGCGGGAUCGUCAGCGACCGGAGCGUCCUCGAGAUGAGCGUCGCCGAGCGCACGCGCCUAGUGCAUCACGUCCACGAGCGUUGGGAGAAGAUAGCACACGCGGUACCUCACGUCAAGCAGACGUACAACUGGGACUGCGGGCUCGCGUGCGUCCUGAUGGUCGUCAGGGCGCUGGGCGCGAGCGCGCAUCACUGCGACUUGCGAACGCUCCGCCAGCUGUGCCGCACUACGUCCAUCUGGACCGUCGACCUCGCGUACCUCCUCCGCAGGUUCGGCGCCGACGUGACCUUCACCACGGUGACCAUGGGCGCCAACCCGGCGUACGAGUCGGAGUCCUUCUACAGGGACAACCUUCGCGAGGACUGCGAGAGGGUCGACGCGCUCUUCGAGGGCGCCCGCGCGAAUGGCAUAUCCAUCGAGCGCAAGAGCCUGAGCCUGGACGCCAUCAAGGCGUACGCGGGCGGGGGCGAGUACCUCGUGAUACUGCUGGUGGACAAGCCGAAGCUCGGCGUGAAGCCCCGGGACGCCGUGGUCCUCCCGGAGGGCGAGAACAACGGGAGAGGAGGCUCCGACGCACUCGCGUGGCUCACCGGCGCGGCGGGCAAGCCGGCGGCGUGGGGAGCGCGGCGGGGGAGCGAGUCGGCGUCGACGCUCGCGAACGGGGCGGCUCCUUCGCGCGGGUAUACCGGGCACUACAUCGUGGUGUGCGGCUACAAUCCCGUGGACGGCGAGUUCCUGUGCAGGGACCCCGCGUCGCACGUCAGGGAUCUGAUCAUCACGGCGGAGAACCUGGAAAAGGCUCGACGCGCUUUCGGCACCGACGAGGACAUCCUGCUGGUCAGAAACGAGGCGCUGGACCAGCGCAAGGUGCUCGCGGCGUCGAGGGAGGCUGACACGGCCGCGGAGGGCGUGGCCGCUCUGCUAGCGUAG